AUGGGAAUGAAAAAAAAAAUCUUUAACCAGACCGAAAUGCAGACAGUGCCGCGUCGCCAUCAGCCGCGGCUGGUCGCAGGAGAUUGGGCGUCGCAGCAACACACCAUGCGUUACUUUCUGGUUGGAUGCGUCCACAGUGCGUCGCAGCACGGCGGUGAGGCAAUCGCACCGUGUCUGGCCCCCACUCACCUCCACAGCCUGGAAGUUAGGCGCGGCGACAGCUGCACGGCAUCGCUCGUCCCACGCGUAUCAGCGAAGGAUGCUUCUGUUCACCUGACCGCCAAUCCGGCACCGCUGCGGAGGAUCAUUGGGUUCCUCGAACCCACACAGCACGAACGCCUCACUCUUCUCUGGUAUAUUGAGGACGUGCGUGGCGCAAUCUGCUUGGAAACCAUGCCGCCGCCGACGCAUGGGAAUGCACUGACGAGUAUUCUGCUGCCAAGAGAUGCCGUACUUGACGAAAUGCGACGCGUCUGCUGCCACAUGGGGGUCUUCCCGCACCACACCCGCGUUUCUCAUGCUGAGCAGCGAAUUUUCGUCUGCGACACUGUGAGCUGCGACGGGGUGAGCGUCUUCCAGCCACGGCACGCCCAAGACGCCCCGGACGGCACGUUGUCUCUUGCUCAGCAUGCAACUGGAUCCGCUGCAAUGCCACUUGACUCCCCGGACAGCCGAGCUGCCUGUGGGGCAUCACCGCGCAGCUGCUGA